AUGCCAACCAGAGUCAAUUCAUCUAAUUUAACAUCUGUCAGCAAUAAUAAUGAUGUCAGCAGUGUUAUUCUCAACAACCCUGCCAAUAAUACAAAUAUCAAUAGUGGUUUAUCAUUUCCUAGAGUAUUACCAAAUAUUCCAGUAUUCACAAUUCUUUCUUUUAUUUUUUACAAUGGCUGGCUUAAGGUAGCUGAGUCACUUGUUUCACCGUUCGGUUUAGAUGAUGAUGAUUUUGAAGUUGUUCCAUUGUUGGAAAGGAAUUUAAAUACAAGUUUAUAUUUUGUAGAUACAUGUAUUUCCGAUUCGAAUUUAAUUCCUGAAUUAGUCAAAUCUGGUUGUAAAAUCGAUAUUGAAACUGAUGAUGAUGAUCAUACUGAUGGUACUGCUGUCAGUGAUUCAGAUUAUUAUAGUCGACUUAAUAUCCCUGGUAGUCGUCAAAGGAGAAUUAGUACAAAGUCAAAAGAUGGUGUUAGUCGAAGAGGCAGUUUUCUGUCACCUUAUUCGUAUGAUGAAAAUGAUCUAUCAACACCUCAUACUUUUGAAUCACCUAUGGAUAAUGAAUCACCUUGGCCUGAAUUACCACCUACUCGUCAACGUAAACCGUCACAUACAGCUUUUAUUGGAUCAUUGGAAGUAGCUGAAGCUACAAAAGAAGGUAAUUUAAAUUUUUCUCCUUCACUGCACUCUUUAACACCUGAUCAACAGAGUCCACAUUUACAUCCUGAUACAUUAAUUACUUCAGUAGGAUCAUCAUUUCACCGUUUAGGAUCCAAAAUUAAGAAAUUUUCAUUCAGUCGAUCAAAUACUCCAGUUAUUCACGAAUUAAACAAUCUUAAUACAGAAAUCCUAAGUUCAAAUCGUUCAGAUAGUGUUGCAUCAAGUGAAGAUAAAUUUAAUUCUAAAGAUGCUUAG